UUUGGAGUCUGCUUUCAUUUGGUCCUAUGUUGAAAGUGGUUGAUAAAACUUAGACCUUUUCCCCUGUUCUCCUCUUGCUUUUUCCUUGUAUCUCCUUUUACGUUAUAGCCUAAGGCAGUUUCAUAAUAGUAGUGAUUUCUGUUACUUACUUUUAUGCCAAACACAAUAAAUUUCUCUUAAUUUAUCUCUCCUACUUAACUUUAAUCCCAAAAGCCUCCAAAUAUCAGCAGCUUUUGGGGACUUAGUUAGCUUUCAACCUCUGCUUCUCAGCUCAAAGGCUAGAGAACAAGAUUCACAAAAUUUAUACUAUGGGAAAGAGCAAGUGGAGUAGGCACGUCAAUCAUGAAGAUGAGGAUAUGAAUAUACAUCCAGGUUGUAUGUGGGGGUUAGUACAUGCACUUGGCUACCAUAGUUGGCACUCUCGUGUAAAGAAGAAAUCUCUCUCCAGUAUAAGUGAUGGAAGCAGACAUAUCAGAAGCAAUAAUACUUUCAAAGAACAUUUGGUUGGACAAGAUACUAGUGAACUAGAAACGCUUCUGGAUGAUAACGAAAGUCAUGAGUUCUUGGCUGACAAGGGCACCAGAAAAUCAAAAGGGUCCAACAGAAGGUCUCUAAAAGCUAAAAUAAAAGCUUUAAUUGCUGAGGAAGUGCAUAAGGAAAAGAAGAGGCCUAAGCAGAAGAAAUCAGGCUCUACUAACCAACCUACAGAACACGAUCUAAAUGAAAAACGCAGUAACAAAAAACAUCCUAUUAUUUUGGUUCCCGUGAAUGUGGAGAAUGGAGGCACUGGAUCUCCAGAUAAGGAACGGAUGAAUGCCAUCAACGCAUAUGAUACUUCCACUGAUAAGAAUGCUUUAAAAUCUCAACUUAAAGAUCAUGCAGAGUUACUACUAGAAAUUUUGAGGGAAUCAGAAGCAGGGUAUCAGAAUUUUUCCCGCGGUCAGCUGGCUUCAAACAAGAAAGCAAGACUAACUAAGUCAGGAUCAUACCCCGUGUCUCAUUUGUCUCGAAGAACAAACUUCAAACCAAGUAAGCUUGAGGACAAGAAGAAUGAAGUUUGGUCUUCCGCAAAAGGAGAAAGACUGGCGGGUGUUACUCGAACGAGAUCUUUGUCCAAUUAUGCAAAGACUAUCUUCACAAGUUUAGGCUUCCUGGAUGAUAAUAAAGGAAAUAAUGAAGAGCUCGUCGAUGCAGAAGAAGGAAUUAAGCAGGACUCUACUUGUGAAUUGUUUGAAAAUCUGAAUGGAGAAUAUGAAAGUAAGUCCAAUGGCAAUUGUGAAAUUGAUGGCUGUGACAUUAGCAAAAAUACAAUGAUGCAUAGGAGGAGUUCCUCUCUGAAUGAGUCCAUGGAUAGAUAUACUAAAUUAUUUGAAUAUAGUUUUAGAAAGGAAGUGAACUUGAAUCCCUCCAAGAGUUUGAAAUUGACUAGCGAAUACGAGGUACCACCAUCGGUGCCAUUCAGAAAGAUCCGUUCUCUAUCUUACUCCGAGGCUUGUUCAUUUCUACCAAACGGGGUGGCUGGUGACGCCCAUUUUUCAGAAUGGCUAAUUAAGACCAUAGAGGAGAGAAACUCACACAUGAGAGCUGAAGUUGAGAGAGAAGAGAAGUCGAUAUGCGCCCCUAAAGAGACCGGAUGCAAAAAUGAAAAAGUAGACAAAAGUGAGGUUGUUAAGACAGUAGAAACUGUAACAAGCUUAAUACCAAAGACAGAAAAGGAAGACAAUGCAGAGGUCAAAGACCGUUCAGAGACCAUCGACGAGGCAAUAGUGUUCAAAGGAAACUCUUAUGAAGAACAAGAGAUAAAAUGCAAUGAAUCAAUCCCAAGUGAUGUGGUUCAAAGUUCUGAAAUAUGUUUUGAAGAGGACAUUUCCAACUGUGCAGAGUUCCAAAUUUCAAAAGGUUUUGCUGUUAAACAGAAUGUUGAUGUCGCUAAUCUUGCAAAACCAGAUCAACAUAGCAAAUCUUACAGAAAGGAAAACGCGGACUUGUUUUACGUGAGGGAUAUUCUUAACCAUUCCGGUUUCUCAAGCAAUUACUUCAAGACAACAUGGUACUCACAAGCCCAAGUGUUAAACCCUUCAGUAGUUCAAGAACUUGAGUCCUUGUGGCAUCCGCAUCAAGAACAAGAAUGUUGUCUCGAAGGCUUCGAUUUCUGCUGUCAUCAUCAGCUACUAUUUGAUUUGGUCAAUGAGGUUUUAGUCCAAAUGUAUGACAGAUCAUUCACAUACUACCCUAAGGCCUUAUCCUAUUGUUGUCGCGUUCGUUCAAUGCUGGAAAAUCGACUGAUUGAAGAGGUAUGCAAUAAUGUAGGUGCCUUGUUGAGGUUGAAACCCGAGCAAGAAUCGAUCGAUGCCAUUGUGGAUCAAGAUUUGAAAAGGGAUGAUGGUUGGAUGAAUCUUCAGUUAGAAAGUGAAUGUUUGGCACUUGAAUUAGAGGACAUGAUUUUUAAUGAUCUUUUGGAAGAACUAAGAGGUUUUUGACUCUGCAGAGUUGCUUGAUUUUGGUUUGUUCUUUCUUUGGAUAAAUUUAUGUACAUGAAUUUUGGUUUGCUCAAUGUAUAUAUUUACACACAUGUUCGGUUGAGUAGUAUAAAGUGUUUCA